UGUUGCUGUCUCUGUCUCGCUUCUUGCUGCUCCAGCUGCAGCAGAAGCAGAAGCAGAGCAGACACGGAUUAUGUCCUAUCUGCAUUUCGCCCCUUUCUCCAUGAGCAGAUCGGGAAAAGCGUUAUCUGUAGACUGAUAACUGUCGAGUGACCCAGCGUGAGUUGAGGACAGGAGCUUCGUGGGAUUAGUGCCCCUGUCAUAGUGUCACUCGGCUUCUGACUUCUGCCAUGAACCAACUUCGCCAGCUAGAGCCAAGGAUUAUGAUUCACUGGUUAUCGGAUUCGUGGGAAUCCUGCUGAGUUGUGAUUUGAUUCCUACUCGACCUCUUUUGCGUUCCUCAUUCUCUAGUUUUUACUGGUUGGUGUCAGUUUGUGCGUGGUUAGACUGCCGUUCGUCGUUGACCAUGGAGCGACCGCGCCCUGCCUUGUCUCUGCUGCAGCGCCUUGGCUACUCAGUCGGUCACGUUCAAAAUGAUGUGUGCGCUUCUAUGUGGUUUACCUACCUUUUGGUAUUUUUUCAAAUGGUUUUGGGGUGGCCAGCUCAUGUAGCAGGAAUUGUAAUGUUGAUUGGCCAAAUUGCUGAUGCCUUGUCCACUCCAUUUGUUGGUUUGCAAGCAGAUCGAAGAGACAAGUUUUGGCUCUGCCGAUAUGGUCGUCGGAAAACCUGGCAUUUAAUAGGAACCAUUUGCGUGCUCGUGAGCUUUCCAUUCCUUUUCUCUCCCUGUAUUGGCUGUCGCAAUGCCCCGGGCGACUAUUGGGACCAGCUAGUAUAUUUUGGAGCAUUUGUAGUUGUUUUCCAGUUUGGAUGGGCAGCAGUCCAAAUUUCUCAUUUAUCAUUAAUACCUGAUCUGACACCUGACCAGCAUACACGAACAGGUCUCAUUGCCUGCCGGUACACCUUUACUGUGAUAGCAAGUGUGCUUGUUUAUGUAAUAACGUGGGCAACUUUCCAUUUGUCAACGGGAGAUGAGAAAAUUGGGCCUGAGGACACCACAAGCUUUCAGAUUGUUGUGGCAUCUGGUUUAGGCAUUGGUAUUGUUUGCUCAAUACUGUUUCAUGCUGUUGUGAAGGAGGCCCCAGUAACAGAUGCAGAAGAUGAUCAGACAUCUGCCAAUGGUACAACAGCAUCUGUUCCUAGUAAAGGAGAUAGCCAGAAAACUGUCAAGGAGCAGCUUUGUUCUGUGGCACUGUACCAGGUUGCUUUAGUUUAUAUGAGUACAAGGCUUUUUGCAAAUCUCAGUCAGGUGUACACUCCGCUGUAUCUUAGUGAGCAGAGGCUUGGUGCGGAAAGUUUAGCUAUUGUACCUCUUGUUAUGUUUUUAAGUAGCUUCUGUACAUCUUUUGUCACGAGGCCAAUGAACAAGUAUCUAGGUAGAAAGAUUGCGCAUUUAGUUGGCUGUUUAAUUGGUGCCGGAGGAUGUGUGUGGGUGUGGCUUGGUGCUGGACAAUUGUACACAACAUAUGAGGUUUAUGCUGUUGCUGUUUUGUUGGGUGCUAGUAGUUCCAUCCAACUUGUGACAAGUUUGGGGUUGACUGCUGACCUCAUUGGACAAGAUACUAACACAGGGGCCUUUGUAUAUGGUGCCAUGAGUUUUGUAGACAAAUUGAGUAAUGGUAUUGCUAUUGCCAUAUUACAAGCAUACUUCAACGACAACUACCGCAAUGUGUUGGCAUAUGUGUGUGGAGGAUCUUGCGUCUUGGGUGCUUUGUCUUUGGCCGUACUCGUUGUGUGCAGGACAAGGAGCCUCUCUAAGUCGGAUGCUAAUCCACCAGCGCAAUUUGAAUCAUCUUACAGUGAAAUAUAGUAAAUGUUUUGAGACUUUAUUCCUCACCAACCAUUUACCAAAAAUAUUUGUAAUAGGACUUUUAAAACACCUUUUUAAUAUUUAAGAACAAACCAUGUCAUACUCCUUUGCAGAUCUUAAUUAAAAAUUUUUCAAGUAGAUCUCCAAUGCUAUUAUAUACUAAUGAAUGAGUUGUUAUCAAAUAUUAAAGUGGUCUUUAUCUGUGUACUGUAAGUGUGUCAGUGUUUCAAGAUAUGGAUUUUGGUUAUCAUAUCUUGUACUUUGGUUCUGUUUAUAAGUGUCUAUUCUUUAUGAUGUGGAAGUGGCAAUUUUUAUUGUCUGCCUAGCAUACAGGGUUUCCCUUCAACCAGUUUCAUCCCAUAUCCAAAAUUGUCUGAAAUUAACUAUUGUCUUGUGUCUUGUGAUAUCUACAGUACUUUUAAUUAUUUAUGAGAUUUCUGUUUUGUCUUUGUCCAUGACAUGGUAUAUAUUUCAAUUUUUUUCCACCAAUGUUUUACGGCUGUGGCUUGGGAGGCAUUUUUGUGGACUUUACCGCACAUGUUUUGUACAUCUUUCAGAAGGGUAUUUUAAGGGUGCUCAUUGUUUAUUUUUCUAGUACUUAAGUAUACGCCUAAUGAGUUGUGUGAUAUUAGUUUCCUAAUGUGACAAUGAAUUCAUUAUUUGUGAGUACUGUGAUAUGUGUAUGAUGUGUAUAUAAAGAUUCAUUUUCACAGGUCAACUUGGUCACUACAUUCAGGCACUUAGCUGACCCAGUGUUAAAAAUAAUCUCUAAUCUGAAUUGAUUCCGGUCUAGUUUUUGGUGGAGCUUACACAGUUUGUGACAUCACAAAGCAAAUAAAAAGACCUUAAGUAUCCUUGAAGCUGCAGGCAGCCCAAAUCAUGUUCACAUUAGUAAAUGGCUAUUUUAAUUAUUGUUAUGAAGAUUCCUAUAGUUAGUGACAAUUCCAAUUUUGAAAAAAUGAGGAAUUUUUUUACUCACUCAGGUCUGUACAUCUAUAAGUGCUGUUUUCAAUGUAGUUUGUUUUGUCAUGAGACUGGUCUCAUGGCUUUGAUUUAGAUAAAAUGUAAUGCUGAAAUGCGAAUAUUGUUGUAAAGAAUAUGAGCAUUUAUUUUCUAAAUAUUUUUUAAAUGUUAAAUACAGAUAAAUUAUCCAAUAAUCUUUUGAA